ACUGUCUUCUCGUUACAGCUUGGUAGCCAUUCCUGUAUAUGUGAAACACAUGAUCAGUUUUAAGGAAAACAGUUCUUCAGGAAGAUUUGAUGUUACCAUUGGACCAAAACAGAAUAUGGGGAAAACAGUAGAAGGAGUUGUCAUGACAGUGCACAUGCCAAAGGCUGUACUUAAUAUGAACCUCACUGCUACACAAGGCAGCUAUACAUUUGACCCUGUUACUAAAGUGUUAACAUGGGACGUUGGCAAAAUUGCCCCUCAAAAGCUACCAAACCUGAAGGGCAUAGUGAACCUGCAGUCUGGAGCCCCCAAGCCAGAGGAGAAUCCAAGUUUAAACAUCCAGUUUAAGAUACAACAGCUUGCAAUUUCAGGACUGAAAGUAAAUCGCCUAGACAUGUAUGGAGAAAAAUACAAGCCUUUUAAAGGUGUCAAAUAUGUUACAAAAGCAGGAAAAUUUCAAGUCAGGACAUGAAAAGAUGCUUUAUUUCCAAGAGGAAAUUCCCCUUCCAAAAAACUUGACUGCUUAGUGACUUAUGUUGCUAUUAAUUAGGUGCCAAUUAAUUGACAGUGAUUAGUUUGAGAUCAAAACAUUUGUGCACAGCAGCUCUUAAAAUGAAAGCAUAGCUUAGUUUUUCUUAAUAUGGCUUUAAAAUAAGGUACUUUUUUCUAAUACACCUUCACUCUUUUUUUUACUGAAUUGUUGUGCUGGUGAAUAGUUUGAUCUAGGUGAUCCACAAAAUGCCGCAAACACUACACUGCCAGUCAGAUACCAAAGCCCAGAGGCCAAGCACAUUAUGAAGGCCAGUCAGGCCACUGGAAAAGUCUUGUGGUGGCAUGUUUUGCUGCUGCAGCUCCCUGCAAAGAAAGCUCAGCUAUUCUCACAACCAGUUGCAAGCUGGCAUUCCACAAAGCAUCAUAUAAUCCUUUCAGAAACAGCAGCAGCGAGAGGGGCGGGGGUCCCACAGGGUCCUGGGACAUAGUGAGUAUCACUCCUAAGAGAGAGCUUCAGAUGAAGAAAAAAAAAAUGUCCUUGUUUACAAGAAGUCGCCUUUCUUAAGAAGCAUUUGCCUUAAUCAGCUUUCAUUUGUGCCAUCUGCAGAUGAGCUGAUAAAACAUAAACAUCCUGCAUUAAAUCUGGGAGGUGAUUGUUGCUUCAGUAAUCCACUUUCGUUCCAUUCAGUCUCCUCGUUGCCAUCUUUUUAAGACUACAGUUGCAGAGAGUAAGAUCUAUUUUUUAUGUGAAGCCUUUGCUUUGAUUUAGAUGUUCCACUCAUUUGAAGUGGAUGCCACCAGAUUUGUGCCAUGUGUACAUUGGAGCGUAGCUUUUUAGACAGCACAAUAGAAGUGUCAAGUGUAUUUAAUGGUUGUGUGCUUUAAUGUUAUGAAAUAAAGGGAACUCUACUGCAAA